AUGGAUCAACAAUUCUGCCUGCGAUGGAACAAUCAUCCGACUAAUCUUACAGACGUAUUGAGCAAUUUGCUACAUAGACAGGCCCUUGUUGAUGUUACCCUGGCCUGUGAAGGUGAAACGUUUAAAGCGCAUCAGACAAUCCUAUCAGCCUGCAGCCCUUACUUUGAAAGAAUUUUCCUACAGAAUACUCAUCCUCAUCCAAUAAUAUUUCUGAGGGAUGUCCAUUACACAGAAAUGAGGGCCUUAUUGCAGUUCAUGUAUAAGGGAGAAGUGAACGUUAGUCAGAGUUUGUUACCGAUGUUUUUAAAAACUGCCGAAGCUUUGGAAAUUAGCGGUUUGACGCAAGGUGCUGUAAAGAAACCCGAAGACAGGACAAGUCCCACUCCCGCCGUCUCUCCAGCAAGAACAACGAUCGAAGAACGAAGUAGUGCCGGUAGUCCACCACCAGAGAAAAGGAAAAGAAAGACUUCUGGAAGUUGUGAAGUUCCCAUGACUGGGAACAAUAAUGAACGAUUCCUGGGAGAUACACAGAUGCCCCCACAGUGUAGUUACAAAACGAGCAGUGCGCCAGCUCCUCUACCUAAACUCCACCCCAUAUCAUCAGAAGUAGAUGAAGUUGUGGAUAUUGCAUCAUCACCUCCACCAAUCAAGGAAGAAGUUGACUCAAGUCCACAACCUGAUUUUAAGGAGUCUUUCCAUAAUGCUGGAGACAUAAAACCACCUCCUGUUCUGCCAACCGUUUUGAGCCAUCAUGACGAUCUGUCACUGCAGGCUCCCCCCAGUGCAGGAGGUGCAGGUCAGUCAGAUGGAAGUGAGCAUGAGCAGGGUCCCUCCUCUCAAGAUACCAUGGAUGGACUUGAUGACUAUUCUCCUCCAAUUAACGAAUCCGAGAGUGAAUAUUAUAACAAUGACAGUAAUUACAAUGAUCAGCUGCAAGUGUCUGAACCAAAAUAUAAUUCAGUGUGCCAGAAAGCCAAACAGAUGAAUUCACCUUUAGAUAAGGCUUCUCUGAAUUCUGAAAAUAUCAGGCAUUGCACAUUACUUGAAGAUCCUCAAAAUCAAGAUCAAGAUACAAUAAAGCCCACAAAAAAGGGAAGAAGAAAUGAAUUUAUAAAAUUUUACACUUGUGGUAUGAAUACAGUUAGUGCAGACAGAUGUGACGGAGAUUCAAACUACAUCUCAAAAGUUGGAGUAAUGCAUGAGUCUGAUAGAAAUAAUGAAAUUGUUGUUAUUUUCACCAACAUGCAAAAUAACACAGAGGAAGAACUUCUGGACAAAGAAUAUGAAACUUCAGACUGCUCAAUGAAUAUCAGGCACAAUUUUCACUGUAAUAUCUGUGGAAAAGUAUUUAAAUUUCAGGCAUCUUUAUCUCGACAUAAUAACAAAUUCCAUGUGACUAAAUAUCAGUGUUCCACUUGUAACAAAGUCUUUUCAAGACAAGUGUACUUGACAGUUCAUCUUUCAAAUCCUGGGCGAGUGUGUUAUGUUGGCAAUUUUAAAGAAAGCCAAUGAAGUCUAUAAGAACUAAAUUAGAAUUUUUAUUUUGUUUUGAAUAAAUACAAAAUUG